AUGUCUCAGUACAGGGCGCAGGAACCGCCCGCUUUGGGUCCAGCGAGUGGUGCUGCACCAGGUGGGCGCCGGCAGAAGGUGUACGGGUAUUUGAAGGCCGCCAAUGAGCUUCGCCAGACGUACGCCGCACAGUGGACGGCGCAGAGAAAUGGCCAGCGGGACUGGAACGAGGAGUUUCUGAGGAAUACCCCGGGGGCGUUCUCGGAUGUUGAGAUUGCACGGGCUGGCGAUGAGGAGAUGGUGGUAUUUCCGAGUUACGCUAUGCGGUUGGCCAAGGGUGGUAACGGGCAAGCUGCUGCGAGACGGCGCCGCGAUUCGACGUCGACGCUGGAUGAAUACCAUGGUACCGAGGAUGAGCCCGGGAUGGGGAUUGCGGAGUUGGAGGAACUUGAGGACGAGAGUGUUAUUGUCGCUGCUGAUGUUCGCGGGUGGGUGUAUUCGCCUCACCGCGGGCCUAUGACUCGCAAGCAUCGCUUGAUGAUUGCGCUCGCUCGGAAGCUGAGUGGGAUACCGGCCCCGAACGUGAAUACGAGUGAGGGUGAAGAGGCAGAUCCCGACGCUGGACGGACGGAGAAGACGCCUGGGAGAGGGGAGGAGGAAUUCGUUGACUCGGAGGCGCAGUCAAUCAUCAAACAAGCGGAGGGAAGGGCCGAUACGCCGUGGAGAGAGAACCACUUGGCAGAGAAGGACGAGUCGGGGCCUCCAGGUCGCCCUCUGGGGAGGACGACAGCGACGACAUCAGCAGAGCCUCCUCAGCUGAGCAAGGAUGAGCUGUCUAUAGCCAAUGCACACCUCAUGGAGAGACUACGGCCGUUCCUGACGAACCCAAUGGCCGGAUUGCCUGUGACGGUUUUCUUUUUCAACGAUGAGAAAAGUCAGUCAAGGAGUGUCAUCACCGACGAGUCUGGUCAUUUCAGCCUCCGCGCUGGGUUAUCCUUCGUUCCGACCAAUGUUCGCAUCCUGGCAUCGGAAGAGCUUUCUGCUGUCAAAGCUGUCCAGGUCGUUGACCCGACUGGCAUCAGUUUGAUUAGUGAUAUCGACGACACAGUCAAACACUCUGCCAUUGCACAUGGUGCCAAGGAGAUGUUUCGAAAUACAUUCGUGCGCGAACUCGGCGACUUGACUGUGAACGGUGUUGCUGAUUGGUACAAUGAGCUGUGGAAGAUGGGAGUUCAGAUGCAUUAUGUAUCCAAUGCGCCGUGGCAGCUUUACCCUUUGCUGGACCGCUAUUUCAAAAUGGUUGGGCUACCUGCUGGCUCCAUCCACCUGAAGCACUACAGUGGCAUGCUACAGGGGAUCUUUGAGCCAACGGCCGAACGGAAAAAAGGACACUUAGAGCAAAUCCUGCGCGAUUUUCCGUCACGCAAGUUCAUAUUGGUUGGCGACAGUGGGGAGGCUGACUUGGAAGUAUAUACGGACAUCGCUUUGGCAAAUCCGAAAAGGAUUCUGGGGAUUUUCAUCCGUGACAUUACAACGCCGAUCCGAAGUCGUACCGGGUUCUUCGACAAGUCAGUGAAAGAUCUGGACAGAACUUCGGCUGCCAGCCAAAGUGCGCCGCAGCUCGUCGACGAUUCUGAUACAGCAGCGCCCAGCCCGCCGACAUUGCCGCCGCGUCGAGAUCUCCAACGGACAGAGUCGACUCCAGAUGCCAGAAGCCUUGAUAACGCGGAUCUCAUUGAGCUUCGGGACGACGAGGACCCCAGGCCAAAGACAGCAGAUGCGUCGAAACCGCUUGCACCACGGGCACCGCCAAACAAACCAUCCAAGCCAUCGUCGUUACGCACUGUCUCCAGCAAUCUCGAUACAGGGGAGAAAGAUGAUUCUUCCUCGUUGUCGGUUCCCGAGCCUCCUCCCAAGCGCAAGCCAGUCCCGCCACUGCCCCCACGUCCUAGCUCCUCGCUCAAGCCAGAAUUCUCUGAGAGAGAGCCGGACCCAUCUACACCUCCCAACAUUCAGCGUCUGGGCCGGUCCACGACAGAAAUAAAUCAAAGCAGACGAGACCCAGAAGAAGCCACCACCAACCCACCCCUCGCAAACGACCAGCGGUCAUCACGGAAACAGCCCCCUCCACCGCCACCCCCUCGUCGAACCGGCACGGGCAGCUCAACAGUAAGCACCAGCUCAACACCACUACCAUCCACAACCACCAACCGGUCUGGGCCCCAGAACCCGCCCCAGCAGCAGCAGCAAUCCUACCCCGCCGCAGCAGCAACAGCCGCCCUGCAAUACGCAUCCGCAGCAUCGCAGUUCGCAUCCGAGCGUCUCCCAUGGCCAUCAUCCUCAUCGUCAACCCCCUCCAACACCCUCCGCGCCACAUCAUCAAGCACCUCACUCCGCCAAUCCAGCACAACACCCAGCCUAGACAGCAGCUACGCGUCUCUGCCCACGAAGCGCGAAGAAAUGUGGCAGCGCCGCUGGGAGCGCGCGCACGAUAUCCUCACUCACCACGGCGUCGUGCUGGCCAGCUGGCGCGAGGGCAAGGAUAUGAAAGAUGUGAGUGUGUGGUUGGUUAAGGAAGCGAUGAAGGGGGAGGGUGCGAAUGCCCCGCGUGAGUAGAGGCGGGUGUGGUGUAUUAUCUUUCUCGGGUUAGAUAUCGGUUAGUGAGGUUGGAG